AACGAGACAAGUAAAAUGAAUAGAUGUCCCACCUAUUUAUCCCCUGAUUCGGUGGUCUAAAAUGUGUAUCAACAAUCAUCAAACAAUGUUCUCUAAAGUUCCACCCGUCGUGGCCCGCGGAACAAAAGCUUGAGAAUACAAACUUCUGCACCACUCGAAACUUUGUUGGGUCAUUGCUUCUCCUUGUGUUUAUCUUCCAUGGCUUCAUCCAUUGCAGUAUCACCCUCCUGCUCGACAAGCAUUUCUUCUUCUUACAACUCCUCCAAUUUUCAGCAAGUCUUGAGACAAUCAUGGAAGCUUCCAACAAUCAGAUUAUAUAAACAGUUCUCUUCACCGUUCUUGCAUUAUAGGAGAAAUUUGGUCUGUGCAGUCAGUAAAGGUGCUGAGGAAGCAUUCAAGAAAACAGUCGAAGUUGAUAGGCUCAUUGAUAUAUUAAGGGAUGCCAGUCCUAAAGAAUUACCCCAGCUCGUUGUUGAAAAUGUUCUUGCUUUUAAUGAGGGUUUCUGGAUUCGUCUUGCUGCAAGGACCGAGACUUGCAAAUCAGAGGAUGAUAAAAAAGAUUACGAAGAACUGGCAGCAACACUAAUGAGCACAGUGGACCGUCUUGUUCAUAAAACCAAUGAAAAAAUUGAAUCCGCUACUGAUAUUCUUAAAUCAAUUCUUAAACAUGCGGUGGAUGAAAAUCAAGAACUUACCUGGCCUCCAAGAGACCCUGAAGCUAUUAAUCGGAUGGAACAGGAGGUAUAUCAAAAAGAGCAAGAAGGAUAUUUAGAUGAAGGGUUUCUUGCAGAAGUCAAUGCACAACUACGGCAAGCAAAAGAAGACGGGGACAAACCAGGCCUUGUUGCAAUGCUGCAAAAGGUUUUGCAGCUCUAUGCCUCUAGGAUUCUUUCCAAGCGUAGUUAUGCAAAGAAAGGUAAAGAGAUUUUGAAGGCUGAACAAUUUCUUGAGACGAUUAUUAAAGCAUCUGAAAAUGAAUGGAACAUGCUCCUGCUCAACGGUCUGACAGUUGCAAAAGGAGAUAUUACACCCGAGGAAUUUUAUGCUGUGGUUAAGAAGCGGAUAGAGCGAGUUUUAAUUAGAACUGAAGGAGGAUCUUAUCAGCAACGUAUACUUUCUGAGUACAUCAGAGGUAUACAGUCGAGAGCAGAAGAAAUUGUUAAUGCCCUUCAAGGAAACUCUCAAUGAGAUUAAUGAAUGCCUUUUGAAAACGUUACACACUGAAUACUAUCGAACAUUUUCCAUUAUCUUAACCUCUUCGAGCUAUUUACACGAGUCUAGAUUCGCUUUGCAUCAGAAGCUGUUAUCACAGAAUGUCAAGAAAAAGACGAGUUCUGAAAAAGCCAAGCAAAUAUAUAUGCUUAUCGCCUAUCGGUGAGGAACCACCUCGAUUCAGCUGUAAAUUGUGGAACCAACUCAUCGAAUGUUGAGAAAAUCUUUUGCUUUUGUUUCAUUUAUAUAUAUGUAUAUCAUUGUCCAUUUCUGUGGUUGUGCUUGGCUCAAAGGAUUAAAUUUUGAGUUUUUACAUGAAUUACGUAUUUUGACAUAAAUUAUUUGUACUUUAAUGGUAGGAAAUCAAAAGUGUUGUAUGAUCUUUCUUUCUUUGUUUAA